UUCAAUUUGGAGCCAGGCAGCCGCUGUCCAUCCCGGUCAAGCAGAGCAGGGCACGUAUUCGCUUCUGUAACUCCACGCGUCUGCUCCGCACGAAACCAAGCUCAUCUCAAACGCCGCAGCCAUCCCCGGCCGGCAAAAGAAAGACAGAACAUUAAUAACUGACUAUUAAUUAAGUAAGAACAACAACAGGAUAUAUAUAUAUAUAUAUAUAGAUACCAGGAUCCGUCGAUCUCUGUUGAAUAUUAAUUAUGUCGACGAGGAGCAGCCAUGCGGAGGUGGCGGUGCCGGGGGAGCCGACGCAGACGGGGACGGCGCUGCUGGAGACGGCGACAGGCACCAUCCAGGGUUUCGCCCCCAUCAACAGCAUACACCAGCACCUCUGCGCCUUCCACUUCUACGCCCACGACAUGUCGCGCCAGGUGGAGGCCCACCACUUUUGCGCGCACCUUAAUGAGGACGUCCGGCAGUGCCUCAUCUUCGACUCGCCUGACGCCAGCGCUCGUCUGAUCGGCGUGGAGUACAUCGUGACGGAGCCGCUCUUUCUGGCGCUUCCGGACGACGAGAAGCCGCUGUGGCACUCCCACGAGUACGAGGUGCGGGGAGGCUACCUCUUCUUGCCCGGCGUGCCCGGACCCGUGGAGCGCCGCGACCUCGAGAAGGUUGCCAAGACGUACGGCAAGACCAUCCACUUCUGGCAAGUCGACCGCGGGGAUGCGCUGCCGCUUGGAAUCCCCCAACUCAUGAUGGCACUCACCCGCGACGGCCAGCUUCGCGAAGACCUCGCCGAAGAUGUUGAGAAGCGGUUUGGAGUGUCCUUUGAAAAGGAGAGGAAGAACAGGGAGUACAUGAGCGGACCUGACCCCGGCAUUCAUCCGCUGGCGAAUGCUGCUGGGAAGGGCCUGAAGACGGAGCUUAGAGAGACCGAGCUCGCACCACCCGCUUCCAUGUCCGGGGUCUUUGUUUAAUGAAUUGAUCAGCAAGUAAAGAGGUGUGAUAGUGUGAACAGUACAAUCUCGAAUAGCGAUAUAUUCUUAGUAUAUACGUAUGGUGUGGUUGUUGUCGAUCAGUCUGUUGCGUUUUGUUUUGCAGUCUUAACUAUGUAAUGUGGUUGUCGGAAGUCGAAGAAGGCACGCCGUCUUUAAUC